GUGUCCCUCCGCCCCACGCACAGUACGGUUCAAAAACAGGACAUCGGCGCCAUUUUGUUGUAGCUACAGAUAACGCGGUAGAAUCGGUAGUUGGAAGGAUUUGCAAUUUAGUUGGUUGUAACUUUAUGGUCGACGUGUUGGUUGGUCUUGGGGAUUGUUGGAAAACGUUCACAGUUUCGCAUCUGGCGCUUUUCCGAAAAUCAAUACGUAAAAAAUGUCCGCCGGUGUGAUUCGAGGCCCUGCUGGGAACAACGACUGCCGAAUAUACGUGGGGAACCUGCCGCCGGACAUCCGCACCAAGGACGUCGAGGACGUGUUUUACAAGUACGGCGCCAUUCGGGACAUCGACUUGAAAAAUCGCCGAGGAGGGCCCCCGUUCGCCUUCGUGGAGUUUGAAGACCCCAGAGACGCUGAAGAUGCCGUGUACGGGAGGGAUGGCUAUGAUUAUGACGGCUAUCGCUUGCGCGUCGAGUUCCCAAGGAGUGGGAGGGGUACCGGCAGAGGGGGCAUCGGAGGCAUAGGUGCCCCCCGGGGACGCUACGGACCCCCCUCCAGACGAUCCGAGUACAGAGUAAUAGUUUCAGGCCUCCCACCGAGUGGUAGCUGGCAGGAUCUAAAGGAUCACAUGCGUGAAGCAGGUGAUGUAUGUUAUGCAGACGUUUUCCGCGACGGCACUGGUGUUGUGGAGUUUGUUCGCAAAGAAGACAUGACCUACGCCGUCCGAAAGUUGGAUAACACUAAGUUCCGGUCACAUGAGGGUGAGACAGCAUACGUACGUGUGAAAGUGGAUGGCCCUCGGAGCCCAAGCUACGGGCGGUCACGCUCACGCAGCCGCAGCCGGAGCGGAAGUCGCAGUCGAAGCAACAGCCGCAGCCGGAGCUUCUCGCCGCGCCGUAGCAGAGGCUCUCCCCGCUACUCACCCCGGCACAGCCGCUCGCGCUCACGCACUUAGAGUCCGCCCGCUGCCGGCCAUUUUCCAUGCGUUGCUGUGUUCGGUGGAUCCACAUGUUGUAAACAAUCUCUUCCCUUUUUUGUUUUAACCCUUCCGUGUUUUAUUAAAGUUUGUUACGUGUUCUCCCUGUCCCUGCUCCCAUUUGAUAGAAUAGGGUUUAUGGUGCUUAUCCCAGCCUUUCCUCCCACCCCAACCCCCCUUCCUGUUUUGUCCUAUUUGGUACAUUUUUAAUUCAGUCCUCCACCCAUCCAAUUUUUUUCGAAGUGAAAGUUGGUCUUAUUACAAUUCAUGGUGAACUUUGAAGCUGUGAUUUCUGUAACUUUGUGGAUGGCUACCAUGCUUGUUCUGUUUGGGGUGGUGGGAGUUGGAUUGCAAAAAUGUAUUUUAUUUUACCCUUUGAUGUGUCUUCCUAUAGACAUCUGACGAAGGAUUAAAGAAUGCUUUGGAAUAAA